ACCCAACCAAGAUAGGUAGAUUUCUGUAGAUCUAUACUCUACUCCAUCAAUCAAUUCAACAAAAUGAGAUGCUAUACUGAAAAUGCCUCCUGUGAAUGAAGUCGCUAUACAGGCGUUUCAUGAUGAAAAAUUCAAUUCCUUAAACCAAUGUGCGGAUGAAUACGGCAUCAAGAGAUCAACGCUUCGCUCCCGACUGAAUGGCUCAAUAUCCCACCAGGAUGGAGCCAAGAGGUUUCAAAAAUUGUCUCCAUAUCAGGAGAAAUGGCUCGUCGAAUGGAUUAUAGAAGAAGAAGUCGCCGCCAGGGCUCCUUCGUACGCAAGAGUCCGUCAAAUGGCGGAAGCUAUCGCCAGAGAAAAUGGAGAUGACGCUCCUUGCGGCAACCAUUGGACGGAGGGCCAUAGCACAGUUAGAUUAACCAUCAAUUGCUCGAUUUUAGGAACCCAGUAAUUACCUUCUGAAUUGUUGGAGCAAGAUCGAUGGAAGGAGGCCGAAGAGCUGGAGGUGCAAGUGAUGGAGGCGUCUAAGAGGGUGCUUGGCGCAGAGCAUCCACACACGCUGACCAGCAUGAAUAACCUGGCGUCGACGUACUGGAAUCAAGGCCGAUGGAAGGAGGCCGAAGAGCUGGAGGCGCAAAUGAUGGAUACGUCCAAGAGGGUGCUUGGUGCAGAGCAUCCAGGCACGCUGACCAGCAUGGACAAUCUUGCAUUCACGGCAUUCUACAAAUAAUU